AUGAGCACAGAUCGGAAUUAUCUUUUAUGUAAUCAAAAAUCAUCUGAAGUGUCAUUUAAUGCACUCACGGAUAUAUGUAUGCCUUCAUUACAGGACCAAAUUCAAGAUCCAAGUGCAAACAUUUUUCAUCGUUCAUUACAUCUAACUGCUGAUAAAACAAAAAUAGCUAAAUGUUUAUCUGAACUGGCGGAAAAAUAUGGAAGUUUAGUUAGUAUUGGAUCAUAUCCGGCAUUUCAUCAUAACAGUUACUACCGUGUUCGAAUAACCUUCGAUUCCUAUCAAGAAGGUGCUGUUAAGUCUGCCUAUGAAGAGGCGAAAAGUCUUUUUCAUAACUUUGUCGUAGUGUAUAAUCCCGAUCCAUUUAGUAAAGCUGAUUAUGAAGUAUACAAAUUAUCUGAACAGAAGGAAACUAAUUUAGGCAAAUGUGUAGCUGAGUCGUUAAAGAUGAUCGAAGAAGCACUAAAUAAAUACAGGGACUCUGAACUAGUUAUAUGUUUCAAUGGUGGCAAGGAUUGUACAAUAUUACUUCAUUUAAUCUAUGCUUCAGUCUGUCGUCGAAAUAGACAAGAUAAUAAUCAUAAUACACAGAAUAAAAAUUCCGCAAAACUACCUAAACUUCUAUAUAUUCGUUCAAAUUCCACUUUCCCAGAAAUUGAAAUAUUUGUUGAGAAAACAAUCGAUGUUUAUUACUCAUCAUCUAGUAAGAUUUUGCGGCCAGAUUUAAAACAACAUGAAAGCCAUGAAACAGCUGUUAGCAUACAGUCUGCUUCGUGUCAAACAGAUAAUGGUGUAGUCAUAUAUGAAGGACCUAUUAAAAAUGUACUUAAACGAUUUUUACAAGACUAUCCUAAUAUUAAAGGUGCUUUCAUGGGGACAAGAUAUUCAGAUCCCGGAGCACAUAAUAUCCAUCCUGUGAUGAUGUCAGAUCCUGGUUGGCCCCAAAUCCUUCGGAUCAAUCCCCUCCUAAAUUGGACUUAUUCUGAUGUAUGGAAUUUUCUUCGAUCCCUUUCACUUCCUUAUUGCCGUCUCUAUGAUGUUGGAUACACAUCGAUCGGUAGUAUGGAAGAUACUCAUCCAAAUCCUCAACUGCGAUACAUUACAAAAACUGGACGCAUUGCCUACCAUCCAGCUUAUAUGUUAGAAGAGGAAAACUGUGAACGCGUUGGUCGUGGAAAUAAAAAUACAAAAUAA